AUGGAAAACAAAGACCCAGUAUUCCCUGGCCGUCUGGCAUAUAAAUGUCUUCAAACAAUGCCUUUUCAUUCUGAAAGAGCAGUUAAGUUCAUACAAGAAAUGAAGAAAACUAUUCAGUGGCACAGCACUCUGGAUGUUCUGAAGAGACUCACUCGGAUGAACCCACCAGGUCCUCCCUCCGGAUACCCAUCCCCGUCGGUUGAUCUUAUCGCUGGAUUAGAUGCAUUGGAACAAAAUGCUUCUAAUGACCUCUUUGCGUCUCAGUUUGGCUUUGAUACAGCGAUAAACAAUUUACUCAUUUCCGCGCAUGACCGGCAUCUACACAUGGAACUUUGUUCACUGGGAAUUUUCUAUUUCCAGGUAGAUUUGCCAUUAGUUUCUGCAUCAAACGACGGAAUCGAACUCCCGAAAAUUUUUACCUGGGGUGAUGCCGAAAUUCUCCCGAGAAAACCUCAUCUGGUCUCCCACGUAGUUUCUAUCAAUGAUCAAGAAGUUCUCUCAUUUUUGAACAGAUCAGCUGAUAAACACAUGGACACUGACCCGGACGCACGAUAUAACGUUCUUUUCCAUGCUCCUUUCCGACCUGAAGUUCUCAGCAGUAAAGGAAACUCCGGAAUAUUGGAGUACAACAAUGGCUUGUAUCCUGGGGUCCAGAAAUUCUCGGUCAAGUUUGCAAAUAAUUCGGAGAUGCAUGUCGAAACCACAGCCACUACAAACUACUUCGAUUCUUCUCUGAAAGAUGGCAAGGCUAUUUACCAAAGGUUUUGCAUACCAGGGGCGGAAGAAGCGCCUUCCCUUCCUAACCUGACGGCCAUUUCUUCGCAUUCCUCUACUUCGGCCCUUUCCUCAACCGUCCAGUUAUCGACCCAGAAAGCAUCCUCUACGUCAGCCCAAGCAUCGAGCCCCUCGUCGACUCUUACGAACACUCCGAUAUCGAAAGGGUAUCCCACCCCCGUCUUGCAAGCAACCGAUAACUCCAUUUCAGGUUACUUUCUGGAAAAGCAAGGAUUGAAGGACACUGCCGUACUUUAUGUAUCGACAUUUGAACCAUACGACAGCACAUUUUCAGACAAGGCGACAGAAUUUGUUCAAAAAGCCAAAGCAGCGGGGAAAAAGAAGCUGAUUAUCGAUCUUUCUUUCAAUGGUGGAGGCAACGUCGAUCUAUGCUUGGAUCUAUUCAAGCUAUUUUUCCCUAACAGACAAUUAAUCACAUCGGUCCGGUUCCGCGCGCACGAAGGGGCAAAUCUUGUCGGUCAGGCUUUGUCGCGGGUCCCUUUGGGAAAUAAAGAGGCGAUGGAUGAAACAAACAAUAUGGCCCUAGCACUUAUGGUCACACCGGACCAGAAGUCGAAGUUCGACACUUGGUCUGAGGUUUAUGGACCCCACAAAGAGCUAGGGACAAACGUAUCGUCUCUGAAAGCCUUUUAUAAUCUCACUGCCGAGUCAAUCCAGCAACAGUCCAUCCGCGGAUAUGGGCCUGUGAAACAAAAUGAAACAGAGAACGCAUUUGCACCGGAGAACAUCUUGUUGGUUACAAAUGGCGACUGCUCCUCAGCCUGCACGAUGUUCUCAGAACUCAUGAAAGACCUAGCUGGAGUGAAAAGCUUUGUAUUCGGCGGUCGUCCCCACAAAGGGCCAAUGCAAGCUCUAGGUGGUACCAAAGGACAGAUGGUCAUUGGUAAUGGAAUGAUGCCAUUGAUGUACAAUACCGCCAUAGAGGUUGCAGAAAAUGCCACCAAACGCGGCGAACCUACUUUAAAAGAGGCCCAGAUUAAUCAACUGAAGAAGAUCGCUCCUCCCAGCGAUGAAGCCAGUCCGCUCUCUGGACUGAAUACCCUCAGCAUUAACUUCCUCAAUGGUUAUCAUGCGGAUCGGCCGAAUAUGCCAGUCCAGUUUAUCUAUGAGCUUGCAGACUAUCGGCUAUUCUACACGCCGGAGAACCUGAUUGACCCUGCGACGGCUUGGGCUGCUGCUGCUAGAGCGCAUUGGGAUAAUGGACCUUCUUUGAAUGGAUCUGGUUCCAUGCAUGCCAGUCAUCACCGGCGUGCAAUGCAUUAA